AGGCUGAUUUCAAGAUCCAACGGAAAGCAAAAAUAAAUGAUUCCAAACCAAAAAAAGUUAAAGAACUCGUGUUUUGCAAUAUUUGCGAAAAAACAGUAAGAAAAACUAAACUUUUGCGACAUUCUUGUACACGAAGUAUUGAAGUUUUUCUCUGCAAAUCAUGUCCUCGAACCUUCAGACAUCGCAGCACUUUGAUUCAACAUGAACAUAUACACGAAAGUAAUAGAGAGCGAAAAUUUGCUUGUGGGGAGUGCGGUAAGAAAUUCUUUACGCAAACGGCACGCAAAAAUCAUUUGAAGACGCACGACCCUAGUCGAAAACCGUUAUUUCAUUGCAACGAUUGUGGGCAAUCGUUUUUGUUUAAAGGUAAUCUGUUUGUACACCAACAGAAACAUGCAGGCCAAACGAUACAGUGCAAGUAUUGUCAGAAGCGUUACGUUCGUUCUAUUGAUCUUGAAGUUCAUUUACGAAGCCACACGGGUGAUACGCCAUUUAAAUGCGAUAAAUGCGAAAAAGCCUUUACAAAAAUGUCCACACUGCGAAAGCAUUCACAAUUACAUGAGGGACUACAGUGGAAGUGUGAGGACUGCGGGAAGGAAUAUUCAUAUGAAUGGACACUACAAAGACACCGUCUAGAACAUACGGGGUUGCCGUUAAGAUGUUCAAUUUGUGAAAAAGAAUUCCCCGAAAUGUACAAAGUACGCCGACAUAUUAAGAACGUGCACAAGAUUAAUUUGCCCGAAAUAGAAAACUUCGUUGUAUCGCUUAAAGGGAAAAGGAAGAAUGGAAAUGUAACCCAACAUUCUACUGAGAAAGCGGGAGAGCUUGCAGUAAUGAAUUAGGAAUUAAAAUUAUUUGACGCAUUGAAAAUUGAUGGGUAAUAUUUUUAACAACCACACAUAAAUAAGAGAUGUACACAUGUUUGUGGUGUGUAAACGAGAUGUUUAAAGUGCAGUCAUACUUGGCUAUGCAAGUUCGUAUUCUACAUAUUUUGUCAUCAAAUUAAGGAAGUGAAAUAGUAAUCAAUCUUCGUGUGAACACAAAAAAAUGGAGGGGUUUUAAGCACCGAGAGCGAAGGCAGAGCGAUUACGUUCUCGAUGUUCGCAUUAUGAGAGUAAAAGAUGCACUGACGAAAUGUAUGGAUCGCGUUUUGAAAGUGCUACACGUUCUAUAUUUAUUGACGGUAUUGCGAUCCGCGAUCCAGAUUACAAAAUGUUUAGAAAUUUUGCGAUAUAGAUCACGAACCAUGAAUACUGCAUGCUACACCGUCAAUAAAUAUCGCGAUACUUGUAUAACGUCAAUAAAUACGGACCGUGUGACGAAGCCCUUAAAGCAAUUGGUGCGAUUUGCAAAAUAUAUUUGUAACGAACGUAAUAAAUAUUUUGAAUUGAAGCUCUAAAAACACAUCAUUUACGUCAUAUCCAUCAAAUUAGUAUUUUUGACUUUUUGCUAAGAAAUCCUCAAAAAAGAUUUUUAAAAUCGUCCGACUGGCAGAACAAGCGUGAUGGUAUCUUUAAAUUUUAAUACAAAAUAGCUGUAUUUAUUGAAAAAACAAAUAAAAUUACAUUAAUUAUAUUAAUA